AUGGAACCGACAGAAGAACUUAUUUCUAUAUUUUGCGCGAAUCAGACCCAAUAUCUCUGCCCUCCCACCUUGACCGAAGCAAAUACAGACAUGGCUACACUCUGUGCGAAUCAGACGGAAUGCCUCUGCUCUCCCACCUUGACCGAAGCAAAUACAGGCAUGGCUACACGUUGUGCGGAUCAGACCCAAUACCUCUGCUCUCCCACCUUGACCGAAGCAAAUACAGACAUGGCUACAAUUUGUGCGAAUCAGACCGAAUACCUCUGCUCUCCCACCUUGACCGAAGCAAAUACAGACAUGGCUACAAUUU